AUUCAAGUUUACUAUUACUUGUUAUAACUGAUAAAAGAUGUUACCAGCUGGCAAAAAAAUAUUAUCUCACUGUUACCGAUUAUACAUAAUAUACUGAAAAAGUCAAGCUACCUUGCGAUUGUUGACGCUGUUGAUCUUAUUAAAAAAUAUGUCACUUUGAAUGUCGAGUUAAACAAACUUCGACUCGAGUCCCGUAUGGCGCUUAUGAUUCUAACCUUAAUCAAGAUCACUAUUAUUAAUUGUUGUCUAUGUCGGACUUAUUUUUUUUCCCAAUAAUAAUGAUAUUAACUGGUAUAAAUAUAUUAUUGUGAUUAAAUAUAUUAUUGUGAAGAGCUUUCUCGACUAUAAAUAUCUAAAGCAAUUGAAAAGAUCAUUUACAAAUAUAAUGGAAAUUAUAAUACAUGGACUUGGAUGGUUUUUAUCUAUGAAAUGAACCUAUUUUCAAACAAAGCAAUGAACAAUAUCUCUGGUCAGUUUCGUAAGACCACAUGGGACCCUAUACUCAUUAUUUCACAAAUAGUAGCAGUACAGUCUGUCAUGUAUUUUUUUCUUGGAAUUUGGAUCUGGAUUAUAGCAUCGCUUUUAGGCUCUACAAAUUCUUUGGAUUAUGCCUUUCAAUAUAAGGAAAUACACAUUCGUGAUUUUGGAGGACAAUUAGUAAUAGUAAUCUUUAUUUUGAAUGCAUUAAUAGGUGCUAUGGCCUUAUGGUGGUUAGUACAGAGAACAAAACAGUGUAUGGACUUUGCAUGUACAGCUCACUUGAUACAUUUGUGUUGUUGUUGGGCAUACAAUGCCAGUUUUCCAACUUCGUUCAGUUGGUGGAGUUUGAAUAUUGUUUCCUUGAGUAUAAUGUGCGUAUGUGGAGAAUUUCUUUGUAUGAGAACAGAAUUGCAAGCAAUACCACUGAGUAUGAAUAAUCAAAAAACAGCCUUGUAAUAAAAAAGUGUAUAUAUAUUAUCUAAUGAACUUGUUAGAUCAAUAAUAUGAAUACACUUUUCUUUAAUAUUUUCUUUUCUUUAUACUCAUAUAUCUAAGUACUUCUCCUAGACUAACAUAGAAGUAUAGGUUUUAUAAACUAUUUAUACAUAUAAAUACAUUGGAUUAUUAUAGCGAUA